GUUCGGGCCCCGCGGCCCCGACUCGGCCCCGCGCGCCCCGCCAUGGCUGAGGUGGGGGGGGUCUUCGCUUCCUUGGACUGGGAUCUGCACGGCUUCUCCUCGUCUCUGGGGAACGUGCCUUUAGCUGACUCCCCAGGUUUCCUGAACGAGCGCCUGGGCCAGAUCGAGGGGAAGCUGCAGCGCGGCUCGCCCACCGACUUCGCCCACUUGAAGGGGAUCCUGCGACGCCGCCAGCUCUACUGCCGCACCGGCUUCCACCUGGAGAUCUUCCCCAACGGCACGGUGCACGGUACCCGCCACGACCACAGCCGCUUCGGAAUUCUGGAGUUUAUCAGCCUGGCUGUGGGGCUGAUCAGCAUCCGGGGAGUGGACUCUGGCCUGUAUUUAGGAAUGAACGAGCGAGGAGAACUCUAUGGGUCGAAGAAACUCACACGUGAAUGUGUUUUCCGGGAACAGUUUGAAGAAAAUUGGUACAACACCUAUGCCUCCACCUUGUACAAACACUCGGACUCGGAGAGACAGUAUUAUGUGGCCCUGAAUAAAGACGGCUCACCCCGGGAGGGAUACAGGACUAAACGACACCAGAAAUUCACUCACUUUUUACCCAGGCCAGUAGAUCCUUCUAAGUUGCCCUCCAUGUCCAGAGACCUUUUCCGCUAUAGGUAACGGACCCCUAGUGUGACCUCUGUGACCUGUAUACUCUGGGGCCACAGUUGUCUCUGGAAGCACUAUACUCAUAGCUUUUCAAUCUUCUUUCCUAUCAAUUUAGAUAACAGAGAAGCACUUACUGUUCAACUCGACC